CCUGGCACAGCCUAAGUCGCCUUUAGCAAGCUGGCCGCCCAGUGAUUCAGCCGAUCAGGUGACUGUCUCUCAUUGCAGUCUUGGUUGUUUCGGAUCAAAAACCCGAGUGAGAAACGAAACUGACGGGGCAGUGAUGUGGGUGUUGAACGGAUGCAUCUCAUAUAGAGGGAGGGAGAGGGCCAUCGUGCAGUCGACUGAGGAGCGGAUCCCUCGAAACAAACACCGUCAGGGCAGGCCAGGCUGAAAUCGAUGCAAUUGUUUUGCCUGAAGUGACAUUUUGUUUUGUUUUCUCUCUGUUCAAAUGGACCCGGUUCGCUUCAUUGUUGCCACCGCGGCUUAGCAGCAUUCUCCGGGCGUGGAGCUUGAAGAGGGGAGAAAGCAGGAAGAAAGCCAGGGAAGUUUUUUCAAAUGGAUCCUGACUGGCAGAGGGCAAACCACAGGAGAAGGGGUGAAGAAACUGAGUUGGAAAAUACAAACAAAAGAGCAGCUGCAGCAGAAAGGCCAAGACGGAACUCGAGAAGAGGAGAUGCCUCUUUGGAACGACUUCAACCACGAGGACGGCAGUAUAAUGGAAGCCAGAGGAAUCCUGUAGGACCAGGCGACCAGAGAGGUGCACAACUGCGACGGGCACUUUCCACACCCAGGCAUGGGGAGCUGCUGGCAAUUGGAGAGACUGGGGGAAGGAACCAAGAGUGGCACAUUGACCCCAACCCCAGAUAUGCAGAAGGGAGGCAAAAUGUUGUGAGACCCAAUAGAAAUCCAGCUGGACGAGCUGCUCCUGCUCUGGGAAAUCGCCAAGGCCCCCAACAGGCCAGAAGGGAUCAGCACCCUGAACGUAGGAAUGAACCGAAGAGAAGGAAUGACUUUCGUGAGGGUGGUAGAGGCAGGCAGAUUGAAGUGCAGGGAAAUCCUCACUUCCAGAGAAGGAGGCCUCAAGAAGGAACUAAAGAGGAACAUACAAAGGACAAAGAGCAGUUUGUGAGAAAGUUAGGCUAUAAAACAAUGGAGGGCCUUUUGGACAAAGAACCCUCUGAAAUUGUCAUAACUUUAGCCUAUAGCUCUGGCUUAAAAGACUUACUAAAUCAACAACUAAACACAUCUUUUAUUCAACUCAUUUGUAAAGUUUUAUGUAAGGCCUGCAGGUCAAAGACUGACAGACAGAGCAUUCAGCAUCUGCUAGGCAUUGUAAAGGACUCUCUCUUUCUGAAGGUUCAACUGCCUCGCUAUGUGGUUCAGAUGAGUACUGAAGCAGUGCCUUCCCGAAGGCAUCAAUAUCCUGAAUAUAUUGAAAGUAUUCUAUUCUUACUUCAGGAAUUGGUGAGUAUUUUCCCAGCCAGUUCAGUUCAGGAAAUGUCUAUGAUGAUUUCAGUUUUGGAUCCCACAGUGAAUACCCUACGGGCUGCUGGAGUUUCAAUUAGUGAACAGAUUGAAAAUAGCCUGGAGAAAAUCAAAAAUAUAACUCAUCACUUACAAGAGCGAAAACGGGAUGGAACACUCAGAACAGAUACCCAUAUGAUGAUUGACAAUCAAGAAACUGGUCCUGAGGACAACUAUAGAGCAAUGACCAUAUAUCCCACGUACAAUGAGGUACAUUUGGAGGAGAGGCCAUUUCUGCGGCCUAAUCUUAUUACUGAAAGGUAUGCAAGCACUGAAGUCUACCUUGAUACCCAUUUUCGUCUUCUGAGGGAAGAUUUUGUAAGACCACUGAGAGAAGGAAUAUUAGAUUUGCUUCAGAAUUAUGAUGAUAAGGGUCUGAGGAGGAGAAAAUUCGAUGACAUUAGAGUAUAUUUCAACACACGUAUUAUAGUCCCACUCUGCACCUCCACUGGUGUAGGCUAUAAGGUCCAGUUUGACACAAUGCCACUGAAGUUUGUCCGGUGGCAAAACUCAAAGCGUCUGCUGUAUGGAUCACUUGUGUGUAUGUCCAAAGAUAACUUUGAAACUUUGCUGUUUGCGACUGUGUCUAACCGGGAUCCCACAGAGCUGAAAGACGGCAUUGUCCAUUUGUCUUUUAACGUGCGAAGCCGACACUUGUUGGCUGAGAUUGAACCUUCGGAUUGUUUCCUAAUGGUUGAAACAACAGCUUAUUUUGAAGCCUACCGCCAUGUUCUAGAAGGGCUGCAGGAGAUCCAAGGAGAAGAUGUUCCCUUUCAAAAGUACAUUGUAGAAUGUGAUACUGAAAUCCAGGUUCCAAGAUACUUGAAUUUCAACGAUUGCUAUGACUUUUCUGCUCUAAUGAAUGCAAAACCCCAAGACCCUGAGGAAAAUCCUGAUCAAAUCUUUGAACAUUUUCAAAGGAACACCAACAUCAAUGUCCUUAAUCCUGCAUCAUGGCCAACAAAGGAAGAACUGAACCUGGAUGAGUCACAGAUGAGAGCUCUGCAGAUGGCACUGACUAAAGAGUUGGCCAUCAUACAAGGUCCUCCUGGGACAGGAAAAACUUAUGUGGGGUUAAAAAUCGUGCAAGCACUGUUAAAUAAUGAGCCAGUUUGGCAACAAUAUUUAAGGAAAUUUCCAAUUCUGGUGGUGUGCUAUACAAACCAUGCACUGGACCAGUUUCUUGAAGGGAUCUAUGGAUUCUUGCACUCUGGCCUAGUCAGGGUGGGUGGAAGAAGUAACAGUGAGCUACUGAAAAGAUUUACACUGAAGGAACUGAGAAACAGCAGAGAUUUCAGAAGAAAACUUCCCCAACAUUUACGAGGCGCCUAUUUCGAGGUCACCAAUCAAAUGAGAGAAUCGGAGCAGAAGAUUCGAGCAGCAGCACAGCAGUUGGAGUGCACAACGCAAGGGGUUCUUCACGAACAGUAUUUAGAGAAAUACAUUUCUGCAGUACAUUGGAACAGCUUGCAGAAUGGACUGGUAUUCGAUGAUUUUGGCUUCCUUGGAAGAAGGUAUUCAUUAAUGGUAGAGUGGUUGGGCCUUGGUUUCAUGAGUGUGACUGCAAUUCCUGGAGCAGAUCCACAGAACAUGGAGAAUGCUGAUGAAGAGCAGGAGGAUCUGGAAGAUGAAGAUAUGGAGGAUGAUUUGAUUCAAAUCUCUGAGGAAGCAGAGCUUAUCCAGAGAGACAGAAUGAUUGAUGACGAUGAACCAAAAAUGAAGACCAAGAAGAAACAAGAUGCUGAUCUCAACGAACUGGCAAACACCUUGUUAGCAAUGAAUCUUAACAACCGGGGAGCUCAGAGAGGAAAUCCACAGGACCAAGAUGGCUGGCAGGUGCAACGGGGUGAAAGGAGGAAAAUGAAACAGAAAGCACAGGCUGAACUCCGCAAGAGUGGUGCUAUGACUGCAGAAGAGGAGGAGAGAAUUUUCAAUAUCUGGAUGCUUCCUCUCAAAGAUCGAUGGCGCCUGUAUAGGUUAUGGUUGUCCAUGUAUCAAACGGACGUAAGACGAAGGAUAAUUCAGCAUGAGCAGCUCUACCAAGCAGCAGCUGACAGGUUGGCAGAGUUAAGGCUACAAGAAGACCUCUGGGUUCUGAAGGAGGCUAAGGUUGUGGGGAUGACAACAACAGGUGCAGCGAAAUACAGGAAGGUACUCCAGGAGCUAAGACCCCGCAUUGUGGUAGUAGAGGAAGCAGCUGAGGUUCUGGAAGCUCAUUUAAUAACAACACUCAGCAGUGCUUGCCAACAUCUUAUCCUGAUCGGGGAUCACCAGCAGCUUCGACCUAGUGCUACAGUAUACGAUCUGGCCAGAAACUUCUAUCUCGAAGUAUCUUUAUUUGAACGUCUUGUAAAAGUGAACGUUCCAUAUGUACGACUAGAUUAUCAGCAUCGCAUGAGGCCUGAAAUAGCUGCAUUAUUGAGUCCUCAUAUCUAUGAACAGCUAGAGAAUCACCCAUCUGUGAUGAAUUAUGAAAAUAUCAAGGGAGUGUCUUCAAACCUGUUUUUUGUGGAACAUAAUUACCCUGAAGAGGAAAUCCAGGAUGGGAAGAGUCAUCAGAAUCUGCACGAAGCUGCCUUUGUUGUAGCCUUGUGUCACUAUCUGAUCUGUCAGGAUUACGCACCCUCUCAGAUUACUAUCCUUACCACAUAUACAGGACAGCUCUUCACUUUGCGCAAGAUGAUGCCAUCCAAGAAAUUUGCUGGUGUGAAAGUCCAUGUGGUCGACAAAUACCAGGGGGAGGAGAACGACAUUAUUCUGCUUUCACUUGUGAGAAGUAAUAAGUCAGGCAAAGUUGGAUUCUUGCAAAUAGCAAACAGGGUUUGUGUUGCUCUCUCUCGGGCCAAGAAAGGUCUUUACUGCAUAGGAAACAUGAGCAUUCUGGCAAAUGUUCCUCUUUGGAGCAAGAUCAUGCACACCCUGCAUGAAAAGGCCAAUAUCGGUCCCUCACUAAUGUUGACCUGUCAGAAUCACCCUAAAACUAUGACGCUUGUGUCCAAAGCAGAAGAUUUCAACAAAGUACCUGAGGGAGGCUGCAGCCUACCUUGUGCAUACAGACUAGACUGUGGUCACGUUUGUACUAGAGCAUGUCAUCCGUAUGAUAUGGAACACAAGCAAUUUAAUUGUUUAAAACCAUGCCAGAAAGUACUUUGUGAGGAUGGACAUAGGUGUGCAAAGUCCUGCUAUGAGAAAUGUGGCAAGUGCCAAGUAAAGGUGGAUAAAGUGAUUCCACAGUGUGGACACUUGCAAAAGGUGCCUUGUUCUAUGAAGCCAGGAGACUUCAUCUGUAAAGAACCAUGUUCCAAAAUCCUGUACUGUGGCCAUAAGUGUGCUGCAGCUUGUGGUGAAGAAUGCGCAAUGUGCACCAGAAAAGUGUCAAUAACCCUGAAAUGUAAUCAUGUCCAGGAAAUUGACUGUUGCAUAAAAGAGGCUACAAAGAUUGGAACAUGCGUUCCUUGCAAAGAAAAAUGCAAAAUGCUUCUGGACUGUGGCCACCAGUGUCCAGGAUCUUGUCAUCAUUGCUAUGAAGGCCGCUUUCAUGAAAGUUGCAAGCAGCCUUGCAGACGGUUACUAAUAUGUUCACACGAGUGUUUGGAACCUUGCACAAAAGAGUGCCCUCCAUGCCAGCGACGUUGUGAAAACUUAUGCAAGCACAGUAAAUGUAGCAGGAAGUGUGGGGAGCUGUGUACUCCUUGUGUGGAGCCUUGUGAGUGGGUCUGUCAGCACUAUAAGUGUCAUAAGCUCUGUUCAGAACCAUGUGACAGGCCACCUUGUAACAAGCCUUGCAAAAAAUUCCUUAAAUGUAAGCACCCAUGUGUUGGGCUCUGUGGUGAGCCUUGCCCCAAGUUGUGUCGUGUAUGCCAUCAUGCUGAGCUCACGGAAAUUUUCUUUGGGAAUGAAGAUGAGCCUGAUGCAAGAUUCGUUCAGCUAGAAGACUGCAACCAUAUUUUCGAGGUGACUGCUUUUGACCAUUAUAUGAACCAGGAGCAAGAAGAUACUAAGACAGCCAUAAAGCUAAAGGACUGUCCAAAGUGUCGAAUGCCCAUCAGGAAGAAUCUUCGCUAUGGGGCGAUAAUAAAGAACAGUCUCAGUGAAAUUGAAAAAGUGAAGAAGCUUGUCCAAGGAGAUGCAGAGAAAAAUAACCAAAUUAGAAAACAGUUAGAAUUAGAACUCAGGAGGCACUCUAUAAUAGCUGAACAGCUUCCAAAACAAAAUAAAGACUUAGUGCAUGCACUACAGAACCCUCUGCCACUACAGGGUCUGAGUAUGGUAGAAAAUAAAAUUGCAUUUCUCUCUAGACUUGCUGAACUUAAACAUCAAGAGGAAAGACUAAAUUUUCAGAUGAAAAUGAAGUUCAAAACGAAGUUCCUUGAAUGUCUGAAAUGGGUAGAUAGACCCAGAGGAAGAUUCACGGAACAAGAGCUUACUGAUCUGCAAAAUGAAAUUCAGAGGCUAACAUAUCUUUCUGACCUUUAUAAUCGGUGUACUAUGGCAUCAGGUAAGAAGCUAGAUUCUUCAACGCAAGAUGAUAUUGCGUCUCUGCAAAUGAUUCUUGAAAGCACAAAAAGGUUCACAGAAGAUAACGAGACAUUUGUUAAAAAGGAAAUGGAACGACUGAAGAGAAUUUUACCUGACACUGGUCUUGCUAUAUCUGAGAAGGAGAGAGUGAUGAUAGUGAAGGCAAUGGGCCUUCGUCAAGGUCACUGGUUUAAGUGCCCAAAUGGACACGUCUAUGUUAUCACAGAAUGUGGAGGUGCAAUGGAAAGUGCAAAAUGUCCAGAUUGUGAUGCAGCAAUAGGGGGCAGAAACCAUACUUUGGAGAGUAGCAACCAAGUGGCUUCAGAAAUGGAUGGUGCUCGCCAUUCUGCCUGGUCAGAUGUUGCAAACAAUAUGCUGAAUUUUGAAGAGCUUAGAAGAUUUUUAUAAUUGACUCCUAUGCAGUGAAUCAUUGGUGAGAAAAAGAUCUCGUAUUGUUUACAUUGAUAUUUUGGUAGCUCUAGCUGAAUACUGAAAAUCAUGUUGCAUUAUUUGGACAGCAGACUUAAUUUCUGAGUGGCUGCAUUUUUUUGUUUUGUCCUUACUAAUACAAAAAGAAAUGAUAAUGGUUCAAAUGUAGUGUGGCACCUUUUUGGUUUAAAUUCAUAUAUAACGCAUCUUAAAACAAUUCUACUAAGCACUAGUGGAUGAUCAAUCAUGCACAAACAUAUUUUUAACCCUACACUGCUUUCAACGCUUGCAGUCAAUAUUAUAUUUGCAAAUCUCAAACCAAAUUAGAAAAUGUUUGGACCUCCAUUAUUAGUUCAGCAUCCAUACAAUUCUUCAACAACUUUUCCUUGUAAUGAAAAUGGGCCUUUCUUUUUCCGUUGCAAUUUAAUACUCAGUAGUUUUACUGUUAAAAAAUUAAAGCACCUUCUAUUGAGUUGGCUAAGAAACCAAACUGUAUUUUUGAUUUUACUCCUUACUACCCUUCAUCACAAAUGAAUAGUCAUUGGCUAAAAUGAAGCAAUGGAUUAAUCAUGGAAACUCUGCAGUCAUUCAGAUAUUCGCCCACUAAAACUUCAAUGAAUCAACUAAGAACUGUUCGACCAGGAAAUACUGAACCCUGUCCAGUCAAAUGUAGCCAUCAUCUGAAAGAAGGGCAGGAGGGGAAGUAAGAGAUCCCAUUGUCAAGAGUAGUCUUGGCAAUAUAAUCUUUUGUUGAACAGUCUUCCAACCUCUCAGUUGGAACCACAGCAUGAUAAUUUUAGAUAAUCUUGGUCAUUCCAAAUUGGUUGAAGUUGAUCCAGCAGGCAAUAGGCUGGUGUUGGAAGGUUGUGAUCAUGCCUGAACAGUCAAAUGCCAGGCAGUUUUUUCAUAAAUGACCUUCACAUAGGCAGGAUUCUAGCAUCUCUGAUAGAUGGGUAUUCCUGCAACAACAUCCAGCACUGGAUUCCUUUGAGGAGGAAACAGUCCACAUCAGGAAAUGUCUCCACUUCAAAGUCUGCUGUGGUUAAUAUAGAUUCCUGGCAGGAGAUGGUGCAAUAGUUAGGACUCUAGAUUGUCACACUCUAGAUCUCGUUUAACAACAAAGUGCCUCUGGCAGAGGAUUUUAUUUAUAAAUUUAUUAAUGAAAUAUAACUUUCUUUAAAAAUAAAAGAUGGUGGUUAGAGCUAAAAUUUUGAACUGUUUUGACAUUAUGGGCUAUUCAGAUAUAUACUCACAGGUUACAAUAAGACCCCAAAUUUCUUCAGGCUUUUUAAGCAUUAUCUUAAUCUAGAUUCACUGUGAAAUAUCUUCUGGUUCCAAUACAUCAGUACCAGCCUUGAUUUUGAGGAUCUGUGAACUUUUUUUUGGAGGGGGGGAGUCACACUAUCCGUCUGUUCCAAGCACACCCUUAUGUCUUAACAUGUCAUGAGGAGGAGGUUGAGGUGUUCAGGUGCAACAUUUCUUCUACUCAGAUUGCUGAUAAUUCAACAAGGACGUAGACACACCAUUGUCACUAGGAGUGUCUCAUCUGGACUUGUAAAAUAAGACUGGUACUACAGGACCUUGGCUGAUCCAUAUCUUCUGUGGUCUGACUAGCAGUCAGCAAACAACGCUUUUUGCUUCCACACCCUCAUGCCUGAAACAUGCUCAUUGUAACGCAGCUAUCUGCCAACAUUAGGCAAAUCAAAGAGCACCAUUUGGACCCAGAACCUCAUUGGAUGCAGUUCCCAUGAAAUGUAUCCUGACACUUGACCCAGGAUUUUCAGGCCAAUUAAAUUGAAAUCAACUAAUAAAUUAGAAAUAUCUUGAGCGGCAGAUACUUAUGAGUCUUCAAGGUGUUACUUAGGAUUUAUCUAUCAGGUAAGGUCAAUAACAUUAGAAGAGCCUUGUGCAGAUCUUCAGACACAGAAUGGCAUCAGGUAGUGAAUAAGAAAAACGAGUACAAAAUGAGAAAAGAGUUUUGAACUGCGUGAGUUGAAUUGCCAGGGUCUUAGCAUCAUAGUGUGGACUCACCCAGUGAAUGGGUAUCCCUUUAAAGGUGUUGGUUGUUGUCAGGCUGAGUAAUCCACUUAGGUAGCAGCCGGGUUGCCAUGAUAAAUGGUAUGGAUUAAAUUUUAGAAAAGCAAAAGUAUAGAAAAAUAAUGAACUUCUGUCAAUGUUAGUCAUGUUUCCAGAACAAAAGGGGAUUUGGUUCUCAGCAUUUCUUAUACUGUGUUUGUGAAUUACAGUUCUUUUGUGGCUUUAAUAGAAUCAGUUGUUGAAUUUUGCCAGUUUUAGUUUUGUUACAGAUUUUAGGAAUCAAAUAUCUAUUUCUUUGGUACAUAUUAAUCCAUGAAUCUUAGAGUUCUGUCUGUAACAUAAAUUCAAUGCAUUUUAACAGACUACAUGUUCUUAAAGACAAAGGAUGAAAUGUAACCAAUUAAUCGGCAAAAUGUAUUUAAUAAAA